CUCGCAGUCGGGAACUGGAAUUUUGACUCGAGCAAGCUGCUCACGGCAUGUCGAACGAGAUGACAGCCUUGAGGAGACAGGGGCUUGUUCGGGUGAGGCAGAAAAUAACAGGAAGUCGGGGUUGAGAAGAUGAUAAACCUAGUCGGUAGAUUCUCCGAUUGUGCUUAUUGCGCAACAAACCAGCCAUGUCAAGCAUGCUAGCACCGGCACAAGUACGGACGGUACAAGUACGGACGAGCCAUAGUGGACUUCCCCUCGUCGCCAGCCCUGCGCAAAGCGACCGGGCGCUCCUCCUCGCCCUCUCGUCGCAUCCCCUCGGCCCGCGGGUCGCCGGUGCUUCUAUCUCCCACCCGCCCGCGGACGAACACGCCCGCAGGGAGGAGGGGGUGGGCGGGGCAGGAACCGGUGGUGCCGUGGAUGGGUGGAUGGGCCUGGAAGACAGCUAUCUAUGUGCAUGUCUCCCUGCACCUACCUAG